GCCGGGGGAAUUGAUGGUUUUAGUGGGGAGUUCUGCUUCUGAUCUUUAGAUGUCCAUGGAAAGAAGAACCGGGUUAACGAAAGUGCAAGCAACUUAACUCUGGGUGCAAGUAGUCUUCACCUGCAAGCAUAGUACCUUGUGCUUAGUUCAAUCGAAACGCCACACAGUCAGCUGCACUGAUUACCUACCAGUUUUAUGAUUUAAUCGCUUCCUAAACAAUGCAAAGAUGGCUAAUAUGAUCUGUGCGCUCUUGCCAUUAUGCUUGUUACUGCAUUGGAGCCUGAAGCUAAUUGCUAUGUUGGUUCCCCUUUCCUCAAUCACUGAUCGUGAUGGCGGCGUAAAGUUUGAGAAAUAACCCUAGGGUUUGGGUCCUAUGUAUGUGGGAUUAGACAGCUAAACUGCCAAUGGCAUGAAUUAGACAGCUAAACUGCUAAUGGCAUGAUGUGCAUCACCAGUCAGGCACUAUUUAGUUAGGAAGUCAUUUAAAUCAAAGAAGGCACAUGUGAAUGUGAUGCUAUGAUCAAUGUCUAGCCAUUCGUGCAUACAAUCCAAGUCCUACAGAAUUAUUUUGGCAGUGCAAUUUGUUCUUUAGAUUGUCGUCAAGCCGCAACAGUAGAUACUUGAUUUUCAAAGGUCAUCUGGAGAAAAAAACUGUAUCUAAAUAAGUGAAAACAGAAUGUUUUAUUAAGAUAGAAACAUGUGUGGUUAAAAACAAUGCUCUAGGAAUGGAUAUUACAGUAUGGAUGCUUAAAUCAAACUAGCCAUGUUUUGUGGAAAGUGGAAAACAACGUCUGUGUGGUCAAACCCAAUACUUGUAGGUUGAAAAUAUUAACUUUGCUAGUCACCACAUGUAACAAAAGUAACAGACAACAGGCAAACAUACAAAGAGAGCUAUUGAAAAUUUUCUCCCAAAAAUCUUAGAAGAAAAAUACCCCUCUCGUUUGAAUGUAGAUUCCACCCACUCGUACCUUUCAGCCUUUCGGCAUUUAUUUGUAUGCCUUAGAAUUUGAGAAAUGUUUGCAGAAGCCAUGUGUGAAAUUAAGCAUAAUAAUUGUUGCUCAUAAUAUCUUCCAUAUGAAAUUUGAAAAUUGUAAGUAUAGUCUCUUGGGCUUCAGACAUAUUAUAAAGUAACUCAUUCUAAUACGCUUGCUUUUGAUCUCUUGGCAUCGUUUGCCAACCAUGACGCUAACUGCUGUUUCCUGUAGGCUGCAUCUGUUAUCAGAAAUUUAUCACUAUUGUGGAAGAACAUCUGCUCAGUAAAGUUGCUUGCGAAGCCAGAACAAAGCUAUUUGCCAUCUUGCUUCCAUGGCAACCAACGAAAACCUCCCACCAAAUGUCAUCAGGCAAUUGGCUAAAGAAUUGAAGAAUCUUGACCAGUCACCUCCAGAAGGGAUUAGAGUGAUUGUGAAUGACGAUGACUUCACAAGUAUUUGUGCAGAUAUAGAUGGCCCUGAUGAUGCAGGCGGGACUCCGUAUGAGAAUGGGGUUUUCCGGAUGAAGCUAGUCUUGUCCCGUGACUUCCCUCAAUCCCCACCGAAAGGAUUUUUUGUGACCAAAAUAUUCCAUCCAAACAUAUCGAGCAGUGGUGAGAUCUGCGUUAACACGUUGAAAAAGGAUUGGAAUCCUACUCAUGGAUUAAGGCAUGUUCUACUGGUGGUGAGAUGCCUACUGAUUGAACCAUUCCCAGAAUCUGCGCUCAAUGAGCAGGCUGGAAAGAUGUUACUUGAGAACUAUGCAGACUAUGCUCGGCAUGCAAGGUUAUACACCAGCAUUCAUGCCCUCAAACCUAAGACUAAGCCCAAGAGUGGCACUAUCUCCGAGUCGACUUCUGUAAACGUGGAUCAGUCAAGCACAACAAAUCUAUGCGAAAUUGCACCAUCGGCUCCCAUGGCUUUAUGUGCUACUGCUGCUACCAAAGUGCCAGGCUCAAACUCGCUGGAUCAGAAUGCUCCCGCUGAGCCCACUGUUGGACCAUCUACGGCAUUGCCCAAGAAGGAAGGACCUGUUGCUACAAAAGGCCCAGCUGAUAAGAAGAAGAUGGACGCCAGGAAGAAGAGCUUGAAGAGAUUGUAAGCAAAAUGUUGGGGAAUCGGAGGUGCCAGAUGUAGCACAGAUGAAUGAAUAUUGGGCUCCAGGUGACAUGAGAGGCAGGUGCCAGAUGUAGCAGACGAGUGAAUAUUGGGCUACAGGUGACAUGAGAGGCAUCGGGUAAACUGUUUUGUCACCUGCAGAAAUUAUGUCGAAAGAAUGUGAAUUGUAUAUCUUUGCAUCAACACUUGUGUAAUGAAAAUUCUCCCAAAGAAGGAUUGCCUUCUCUAUUCAAUUAAUUCAUUCUCUUGAGAAAA